AUGGUAACUCCAUGUUGAUAACAAACGCAUGGCCAAUGGCCGAGUUCAAAAUUCUUGUGUUUACUGACAUUCUGUCAAGCAGCAAUGUAACCGGGAAGAAUUUUCCGUAUUGAUUAAACAGUUGUAGUUUAACAUUUAUUUACUGUUAGUGCAGUGCAGUACAUAGUUAGUAGUUACUGAAUUACUUGAAGCCAUGUUCAAGAACACUUUCCAGUCGGGUUUUCUUUCAAUUCUUUACAGCAUAGGAAGCAAACCUCUACAAAUAUGGGAUAAAAAAGUACGAAAUGGUCACAUAAAACGAAUAACAGACAACGACAUUCAAAGUCUUGUCCUAGAAAUAGUUGGGACCAAUGUCAGCACAACUUAUAUUACAUGCCCUGCAGAUCCAAAGAAGACUUUAGGCAUCAAACUGCCUUUCUUGGUUAUGAUUAUUAAAAAUCUUAAAAAAUACUUUACUUUUGAAGUUCAGGUUUUAGAUGAUAAAAAUGUGAGAAGAAGAUUCCGUGCCAGUAAUUAUCAGUCUACUACUCGCGUAAAGCCAUUUAUCUGUACAAUGCCUAUGAGACUCGAUGAGGGAUGGAACCAGAUUCAGUUUAACCUCGCUGACUUCACUCGGCGGGCAUAUGGGACAAAUUAUGUUGAAACACUCCGUGUCCAAAUUCAUGCAAAUUGUCGUAUCCGAAGAGUUUACUUCUCUGAUAGAUUAUACUCAGAAGACGAAUUACCUGCUGAAUUUAAAUUGUUUUUACCUAUACAAAAUAAGACUAAAACCGCUGUAGCUACUUAAAGAUGUUUGUUGUAUAAAAAAAUUAAUGCACAGUA